GUUCACUUUGACAUUUCAAAAUGAAGUAGAAAAUAGAAAUUAAUUUAGCCGCAACAGGAAUUCUAAGGCUGUGUCUUUUAUUGACUAAUAAAUGAAAACAUUGGAGUUAUAUUAAUACAUCGUAUUCAUAUAAUAUAAUAUAUUAUUUGAUGGCAGUGUUUUGCCUCAGCAACAAUGACGACUUUACGGGAACGCCAGCUCAAUGCUUUGAAACAGAUGCUGAAUCUGAAUCAACCAUUAACCAAAGCAGUAGCAAAUGAACCAUCAUGGAAAGUACUAAUUUAUGACAGAGUUGGCCAAGAUAUAAUUUCUCCACUAAUAUCUGUGAAAGAACUGAGAGAAUUAGGUGUCACUUUGCAUGUCCAGCUACAUUCAGACAGAGACUCAAUACCUGAAGUUCCUGCAGUUUAUUUCUGUGCUCCUUCAGAAGAGAAUCUGGGAAGAAUAUGCCAAGACCUUGACAAUGGACUCUAUGACCAAUACUACUUGAACUUCAUAUCACCUAUAACGCGGCAAAAAAUAGAGGACUUGGCGGCUUCCACUAUUCAGUCUAAUUCUGUUAUGAGCAUUCACAAAAUAUAUGAUCAAUAUUUGAACUUUAUAUGUUUGGAGGACGACUUAUUUAUAAUGAAACAUCAGAAAUCGGAUUCACUGUCUUAUUAUGCAAUCAACAAAGGAGACACUAAAGAUACGGAAAUGGAAGCUAUUAUGGAUGAAAUUGUAGAGAGUUUGUUUUCAGUAUUUGUUACACUCGGUAACGUACCUAUCAUUAGGUGUAGCAAAGGCAAUGCAGCAGAAAUGGUAGGGAAAAAGUUAGACAAAAAAUUAAGAGAGAAUCUUUGGGACGCCCGAAACAACUUAUUCCAUGGACAACCAGGCUCCUUCAGUUUCACUCGCCCCAUGUUGAUAUUAUUGGACAGAAAUAUAGACAUGGCAACACCGCUGCAUCAUACUUGGACCUAUCAGGCUUUAGCUCAUGAUGUAUUGGACUUAUCUUUAAACAGAGCAGUGGUACCGGAAAGUUCUGCACCAGCAGUACCAGGACAGAAAACAAAAACCAGAAUAUGUGAUUUGGAUUCCAAAGACCCAUUGUGGUCAGAACAUAAAGGAAGUCCAUUCCCCACUGUUGCGGAGGCAAUACAAGAAGACUUGGAUAAGUACCGGAGUUCAGAAGCAGAAGUUAAGAAAUUGAAAAGCUCAAUGGGUUUGGACGCAGACAGCGACCUAGCUCUCAGUCUAGUGAGCGACAACACACAGCGUCUCACAAGCGCAGUUAAUUCACUACCACAACUUAUGGAGAAGAAACGUCUUAUUGACAUGCACACAACUAUUGCUACUGCCAUCCUCAAUGCAAUAAAAUCAAGACGGCUGGAUUCAUUUUUUGAACUCGAAGAAAAAAUCAUGAGCAAAAGCAGUGGUGUCGAAAGCAAAGCAGUCAUGGACUUGAUAUCCGACACCAGUGCUGGCAACGAAGAGGAUAAAAUGCGCUUAUUUAUUAUAUAUUAUCUGUGUACCUCACAAAUACCCGAGGACGAAUAUAAAAAGUUCGAGGCCGCCCUGGUAGCUGCCAAUUGUGACGUAAAACCGUUGAUUUACAUGAAACGUUGGAAAGGAUUCACGAAAAUGUCAAGUCAAGGUCAAUACGAAGGUGGUGGAACGAAAACAGUUUCUAUGUUCUCGAAAUUAGUCUCUCAAGGAUCUUCAUUUGUGAUGGAAGGAGUUAAGAACUUGGUCGUCAAAAAGCAUAAACUUCCUGUGAGUCGAGCCGUUGAGGCGGCGCUAAGCGGUGCGGGUUCAGCUGGAGAGUGUGAUUUGACGUGGCUGGAUCCCCGCGCGGCACGUACAGACGCGGCGGCCCGUGCGCGUGCGACUAAACAACCGCCGCCCACAGACGCCGUGGUGUUCCUCAUAGGCGGCGGCAGCUACAUCGAGUAUCACAACCUGAUGGACUUCGCCAAGCAACAAGCUGCAACGAGAAAAAUCAUCUACGGUGCGACUACAUUGCCGCACGCUGCUCAGUUUCUGAAACAGCUGUCUCUUCUCGGAGAGGAACUGCAGUGAACAUUCCUGCUUGUUAAUAAAUCUAUUUAAAAUAUUCUAAUAAAUUAUAUACUGCUAAACGA